AUGCGUUAUGCAGUGUUAGUUUGUGGACCAGCAGGAUCAGGAAAAUCAACUUUCACAUCUUCAUUAAUCACACAUGCUCAAACCCUCGGCCGAACUUUACAUUUAUUUAACCUAGAUCCAGCUGCUGAAGAAUUCGAAUAUGAACCAUCGAUUGAUAUUCGAGAUUUGAUUUCUUUAGAAGAUGUUAUGGAAGAACUUGAGUUUGGUCCGAAUGGUGGAUUAGUUUAUUGUUUUGAGUAUCUUUUAAACAAUUUAGAUUGGUUACAAGAAAACUUAAAUAGUUAUGACGAAGAUUACCUAAUCAUCGAUUGUCCAGGUCAAAUCGAACUCUACACCCACUUUAAUCUUAUACAAAAAAUCGUUCAAGUCUUAAUGGGUCAAUUCGAUUUUAGAUUAUGUGCAACAUAUUUACUAGAAUCAAACUUCAUCUCAGACCGACCUAAAUUCUUCUCAGGUGUACUAUCCGCAACCUCAGCCAUGAUAAACCUAGAAAUCCCUCACAUCAACUUGUUAUCGAAAAUGGAUUUAAUCAAAUCAGGUAGAUCAUCCGGUUCUGGUAGUAUAGACCAAAUCGGUCCCAAAGAAUUACAAAGAUAUCUUGAUCCUGAUCCUGAUUUACUAAUCAAUGAACUUAAUUCGAAAACUAAUCCAAAGUUUCAUACACUUAAUCAAGCCAUUAGUCAACUAAUUCAAGACUUUAAUAUGGUCUCUUUUCUUCCAUUAGACGUAACAGAUGAAGAAAGUUUAAGUACGAUCUUAAGUCAUAUAGAUAAUUCAAUGCAAUAUGGUGAACAUGAAGAACCAAAAGAACCAAAGGAUCUUGAAGGUGAUGGAUGUGAAGUUGAAGUUGAAGAAGUAGAUUCAAAUUAA